GUCUUGAAUCCAUCCGUAAACGUAAUGCUCCGAGCGGAAGAGACGACCUAAGGUACAUGGAUGUUGGGUAAUACUAUUUAACGAUUAAGUAUCCUUUAUUGUGCAUGUCAGACAAGAAAUACAAAUAAAAUGCCCAUUUUCACCCGGAGUCACGAUUAAGUAUAAUGACAGCGACUUUUGUAGCUCGGCUGUCAUUGUGCUUCGUCAAUGUAAACAAUAACACAGGACGCUAACCUCAGUUACUCUGCAGACAGUGACCCUAAAAGAGGUUGAAUCUUUGCUUUUAACUCUCUCCUUGUUUUUAUUCCAAUAAACGUGACUCAACAGUAUUGUUAUCAGUCGGUUGCAUGUGGCAGUUUGUCAGUUUUAGGGUGUAGCUUGAAUUGCAGAGCCUCCACACCCUCUGUCCUCACUGUAUUUACAGUUAUCACUGUCAUAUGCAGGCUGGAGUUUUGGAGAAACAUUUAUAUACUCCCAUUUUUAUAUUCCCUUGAUCCAGUGUUUUAAGGUCUUGGUCAAGAUGCAUGUUCUGCUUCUCAAAGAGCCAAGAGAUGGAGAGUCAGGACCUGAUCCCUACAUAAAGGUAAAUGCACUUAAUUCUUUUGUAAAUUACAAGCAGCAAAAACACGUGUUUACAUAAGUUUCUUGGUGGAAAUAUUUUAUAAAAACUGUACUUUUCAUUGCACAGGAGCUUGCCUCACAUGGACAUAAAGCAACCCUUAUACCAGUGCUUUCUUUUAAGUUUGUCUCAUUAAACACUUUGUCAGAUAAGGUAAGAUAAGUGCAUUACUACAGAUUGUAUUUGUAAAAAAGUACAUAUUUAUGCCUCAUGUGAGAUGAACCAGUUGCUGUCCUUCAAUUUUAGCUUUUCCAGCCAGAAAAACAUGGAGGUCUAAUCUUCACCAGUCCAAGAGCAGUGGAAGCAGUGAGGAUGUGUUUGGAAGCUGAAGAAAGAAGACAAGGUAAGAGAACGAGAGAGAAAGUUCAAAAUAAAAGCUGAGUUUUGUCCUGGGUGAGCUGUAACCAUCUUCUGUUGAUUUGACAUCUAAAAUACAAAUGUAAGGGGUGUCAGUUGACCCUAUAGGCCAUCAGGAGACAGCAGUGUAAGGUUGUGUAUCAUCUGCAUAGCUAUGGAAGUUGCUGCCAUGCUUCCUGAUAACAUUUCUGAUGGGUAGCAUAUAUACGUAGGUUAAAAAGUAAAAGACCCAAAAUUGACCCUUGGGGAACACCAUAGUCUACACUUCAUUGUUUUAUAAUCAAUAAUAGUUGUUUAAGGGUUUCGACCAAUGGGAAUGGAGUGUUUAACCCAGCUCAGUUAUUAGCAAGAAAGUAACAAAUAAAUCCUCAGAAAUAAUAUGUCUAAUUUGUUCGUCAUGAAUUUUCUAUGCUGCUGACAUAGAUCAAAAUCACCUAUUUCAUACCAUUAUUUUAGAAUGGGACAAUUCAGUGAAAGACAAGUGGAACACCAAGUCCAUCUAUGUGGUUGGAAAGGCGACUGCUGCACUGGGUGAGUUGCUGCACCAUACAAAACACACCUUUUACCUCAAUGUUUGUAGCUUCGUGUUUACUCUUUCUAUGGUAACUCUAAUUGCUGUAAGUGUGGCAGGCACCAGGUGCUGACAGAAGCGUGUGAGUUGCUGUUACAACCGACAGUGUUUUUCAAAUAGGCUGUACAGAAGUGACAGUUUGGUGCGAGACACUGCAAAUGUUUGCUUUCUGGAGGAAAACCAAGCAGGUGCUGCACCUGUCUGAUAUGUGCGGUUACUCCUUUCUUAUUCUUUUGUCGCCAGGUUUUCAAAAGUUCUAUGUCAUUUAAUCAUAAUACUUAAGAUAGAUUUAAAAAUAUAACCUAUUUUUUUAUAAUUUCUUGCUUAUAUCUAAAGUAUACUCUAUAUGUUACUAAUUAUGAUCCCUUUUUUUUACCUGCAGUACAAAAUCUGGGUCUGAACCCUCUGGGCGAGGACACGGGGACAGCAGAUGUCCUAUCACGCGUCAUUAUUGAGCGUAUGAUAUGAUAAUAUUCUUCCACAUUCUUCACAAUUGAGUUAAACAUAAAUUUCAGGAUUGUUCUAAUAAGUAAUUUGACCUCAUAUUUAAUUCUCAUCGUAGGAGAGGACACAAAUAUCCCCCCUCUUUUUUUCCCCUGUGGCUCAAUCAAAAGAGAAGUGUUGCCUACGGCAUUAAGAGAAAAUGGUAAGCUUUUUCCCUUUGUGCCUCACGGUACAAGCUCAAGGAGAUACAAGUCCCUGAGGGGUUACACUAAUUAUAAAAUAAUAAUUGUGCUACCUUUAUCACCGUGGGGAUCUGUUUCUUUUGUUUCCAGGAGUGCCUCUGGAGAUGCUGACUGUCUAUCAAACUGCAGAACAUCCAGAUCUGGAGAAAAAUCUGAAGAACUUUUUCAAAGAGCAGGUACUAAGUCCACUCCUACUGUAGAGUAAUAUAGUAGGAGUGCACUUUAGAGAGCUCGUCUUUAAAUGUAAAAAUGAAUAAUAUGUCCGUGCAUUUGCAGGGCACACCAGCCAGCAUCGCAUUCUUCAGUCCUUCAGGAGUGAAGUUCUGCUUGGAAGUGGUGCGGAGGCUGUCAGGCGAACAGCUGACUCAGAUAAAGGUACAGCUGACUCAAACUCACAGUAAAUGUGCGCUACUUUAACACAAACCAGUGCCUCUGACACUCACUUCAACUUCUUUUAUUUCCAGUUUGGAGCCAUAGGGCCUACUACAAGAGAUGCUAUGGCAGCAGAAGGCCUGUGUGUGAGCUGCACUGCAGAAAAACCAACACCAGAGCACCUGGCUGCAGCAAUAGCUAAAGCAUUACAGGAGCAGCCUGCUGGCUCUUAAAUCCAAUCACUUUAUCUUCACUUUGUGCAUAAUCUGUUAUAUUUAAAGUUUUGUUAUUUGUCUUAUUUCUUGUAAGGAGUUUCUUAUUGGUUUUGCAUGUACAUACGCUGAUAUGCACUUUAAAAAGGAGCCCUCUGUGACAGAGAAAAUGUGACUUAAAGCUUUUGUGAGGAACUUUUGGUUUGUAUAGGAUUUGGCGCCCCCUGUGGACAAGUAAGUACCUCUUAUCGCUUUGACAAUUUUGCCAUAUUCCUUAAUAAGUAGUGUAAUUUGACAAAAAUCUCAUGCUGUUUAUUUUGACAAUCAAAUAUAUCUCAUGCUAAGGACCUUUGCCGUGGAAAAUGUGACUCCAGCUCCAGAAAAGUUUGGACGUGUGGAAAAUGUUGAUAACAGAUGAAAGUUUGCAAGAAAGCCCUCUAAACCCUGUCUGCAAUUGAAAAUAGCGCAAAUAACAAAUGUUCAAAUGUGAAAGUGUUGUUGUUUUAUGAAAGACCUACUCUCAUUUUAGAUUUCAUGCUAGCGACUUGGUUUAAAAAAAUUGAAAUGGGAACAAAAAUGCUGAAAAAUUAGUGUGAUAAUAUAGUGAUAAAAAGAAAACUUUGAAUUUGUGUUAAUUUUCCACAGGUAGUAACAUGACUGGGAAUAAAAAGGCAAUUUCUCAAAAGUAAAUGUGAGGAUGAGUUCAUCACUCAAUGUUAGACCAUGUGAGCAAGUUAUUCAAGGUUUUCAAAAUAGUAGUCCUCAGCUUUAAGUACGUGAUAUUAAAAAUAAUAGACACGAUUCUGUAGUGGAAAUCACAGCAGGGACUCUCUUUCAAAAACUACUGUCUGUGAACACAGCUUGUUGCUGCAUGAACAAAUGCAGGUUAAAUCUGUACUUUGCAAAAAGGAAACCAUUUCUAAAUGUAAUCCAGGAACUUCAAAGUUUCGACAUUUGGUAUAUUAUUUGAUUUAUAAACCGCCCAAAUCUGUUUUGAUCCACAUUUUUAGUAGAGUCCUGACUUUUGGGGAUUGGGGUUGUAUUAAAAAAUAAAGCUAAGUCAGACAGUGUUUGGUUUUUAGCUUCACCCGACACCUACCCUGCUGCUGCAGUGUUUACAGAUAUAGAAAAUAACCACAUGGAAAUGGCUGGUCUUUAUCCUAAUGGUUUUGUUUACAAUUUGAGGUCAUGAAGAGGUAUCACCAUAAUUUUCAGUCCAUUUAAUUACAAGCUAAAAAAAAUCCUCACCAGAGCUUUAUUAUAUCUGUAUUUAUGCAUGAUUUGCCUCAGGAAGUUGAGGGUGUAAGAGUUGUCUUGUAAAUAAACUUUGGCCAGUGUGAUGAUGCUGA